AUGUCAGCCGCAUACACCCGCCCUAGCGGUCUUAUCCAGAGACGAAAUAUCACCACUACCAGUAAUACAGUAGAUGGAACUGCUGACGAGAAGGAAGACAAAUUACAAGAGAGGGAAUCAGAGGAAGACCACGACUCGAAAGAAACUCGACUUACACUAAUGGAAGAAGUCUUGUUACUGGGACUCAAAGAUCGAGAAGGCUACACAUCGUUUUGGAAUGACUGCAUAUCAUCCGGACUGAGAGGUUGUAUACUCAUUGAAUUGUCUUUGAGAGGCAGAAUUGAGCUGGAGAAAGCUGGAAUGAGACGACGCAGCCUUGCCAACCGGAAAGUCAUAUGCAAAAAUGACCAGCCAACCGGAGACGUGCUGCUGGAUGAAGCUCUGCGACACAUUAAAGAAACUCAACCCCCAGAAACAGUGCAAACGUGGAUAGAAUACCUCAGUGGUGAGACUUGGAAUCCACUGAAAUUACGCUACCAGUUGCGCAAUGUCCGAGAACGACUGGCCAAGAACUUGGUAGAAAAGGGUGUUUGCACCACAGAGAAACAGAACUUCCUGCUGUUUGACAUGACCACCCAUCCACUCACAGAUAACAUUGUCAAGCAGAAACUGAUCAAGCGAGUCCAGGAUUCCGUGCUGAGCCGCUGGACAAAUGAUGCCCACCGAAUGGACCGGCGUAUGCUUGCCCUCAUCUAUCUGGCACACUCAUCUGAUGUUCUAGAAAAUGCUUUUGCCCCUCUGUCUGAUGAAGACUAUGAGGUUGCCAUGAAAAGGGUGCGGGAAUUGCUGGAUUUGGAUUGUGACACAGAAAGCAUGAAGGAAGGCACAAAUGAACUUUUAUGGGCGGUUGUUAGUGCUAUUAGCAAGUAA